GGCGGCGGCUUCCGGAGUCCCGCGGCUAAGAUGCUGAAAGUCACGGUGCCCUCCUGUUCCUCGUCCUGCUCCUCGGUCACCGGCAGUGGCCCGGGGUCUGGGAACCUCGUUCCGGAUUACUGGAUCGACGGCUCCAACCGGGAUGCUCUGAGCAAUUUCUUCGAGGUGGAGUCAGAGCUGGGACGGGGUGCUACAUCCAUUGUGUACAGAUGCAAACAGAAGGGGACCCAGAAGCCCUAUGCUCUGAAAGUGUUAAAGAAAACAGUGGACAAAAAGAUUGUAAGAACUGAGAUAGGAGUCCUUCUGCGCCUCUCACACCCGAACAUCAUAAAACUUAAGGAAAUAUUUGAAACCCCCAUGGAAAUCAGUCUGGUCCUUGAGCUCGUCACGGGAGGAGAACUAUUUGACAGGAUUGUGGAAAAGGGAUAUUAUAGUGAGCGUGACGCUGCGGAUGCCGUGAAGCAAAUCCUGGAGGCAGUUGCUUACCUGCAUGAAAAUGGGAUCGUCCAUCGUGAUCUCAAACCAGAGAAUCUUCUCUAUGCAACUCCAGCCCCAGAUGCACCUCUCAAAAUCGCUGAUUUUGGACUUUCUAAAAUUGUGGAACACCAAGUGCUCAUGAAGACAGUAUGUGGAACCCCAGGGUACUGCGCACCUGAGAUUCUCCGGGGCUGUGCCUAUGGACCUGAGGUGGACAUGUGGUCUGUAGGGAUAAUCACCUACAUCUUACUUUGUGGAUUUGAACCAUUCUAUGACGAAAGGGGUGAUCAGUUCAUGUUCAGGAGAAUUCUGAAUUGUGAAUAUUACUUUAUCUCCCCCUGGUGGGAUGAAGUAUCUUUAAAUGCCAAGGACUUGGUCAGAAAAUUAAUUGUUUUGGAUCCCAAGAAACGGCUGACGACAUUUCAAGCCCUCCAGCACCCGUGGGUCACAGGUAAAGCAGCUAACUUUGUGCACAUGGACACUGCUCAGAAGAAGCUCCAAGAAUUCAAUGCUCGGCGCAAGCUUAAGGCAGCGGUGAAGGCUGUGGUGGCCUCUUCUCGGCUGGGAAGUGCCAGCAGCAGCCACAGCAGCCUCCAGGAGAGCCACAAGGCCAGCCCAGAUCCAUCCCAAGAGGACAACACAGAUCUUCUGGGAAAGAAAAUGCAAGAAGGGGACCAAGUGGCAGCUGAGGAUACAGCAGCUGAGAUGAGGAGAUCGCCGUCCGAGGAGGAGAAAGAUGCCGGUGUACAAGAUGAGGCCCCCACGCUGGUGCCCCAGGCACUGGAGGGUGACUUGAAGACAGACAACCCAGAAAUGAAGAGGGGCUCAGGGGAGAAGCUGAAGGCGCUGGAGGAGGAAAUGGUCCCCAAAGAUGAGGAGGAAGCCCCUGCUGGGGGAUUUGGGGUUCCACAGCAGGAUGUAAUUCUGCCAGAGUACUAAGCUGGCUUCCUUUAGGUCCAGAGAACAACCCUAGCAUUUUAUGUACUUUGUCCUUCAGCAAGGAAGGUGGGGAAGCAUGAUAUGCACUAUAGUGAUUCUGUUUUGAGGUGCAAAAAAAAAACAAAAACAAAAAAAACCAUAUAUACCAGUUGGUAAUCCUAA